UUGAUACCCCACAAUCCUGUCUCUCCCACAUCCCUUCCCACCACUUGUAUUAUUGAUUUUUUGUCCCUUUUCUGCUCUCUAUUUAAAGUGUUUCUCGCUUUCUUCUUCUCCUUAGUUUCCCAGUUACAAUAAUUCAUUCUUGAAUAGCAGGUUUGAAAACAGUUUCAGUUUUCUCAUCUAACAAUGGGAAAUGAGUUUCCAUCAUUUUCAACAGCAAAUGGUCCUCAAGAAAGUUCAAACUAUGAUGAAAUAUUCAUGCAGCAUAGUUUGCAGUUCUCUGAUAGUUUAAAGGACUUGAAGAAUUUAAGGAAACAGUUGUAUUCAGCUGCAGAGUACUUUGAGUCUUCUUAUGGGGAAAAUGAGCACAAAACAUUAGUGAUAGAGACUUUGAAAGAUUAUGUGAGUAAUGCUUUAGUUAGUAGUGUGGAUCAUUUGGGCUCAGUGGCAUGUAAAUUAAACAGCUUCUUGGAUGAAAAAGUUGAUGAAUUUUCUACAACCAAGCUUCGUUUCUCAUGUAUGGAACAGAAACUGCAAACAUGCCAAGAAGUUGUUGAUCGCAGUGGCCUCUUGCAACAAUCCUUUGUAAUUCUGACUCCAAAGCAACAUAAGCGGUACUUGAUUUCAGCUGCAGAGAUACAACCUGCAGUUCUAAAACCUCUACAAAGACAUAAGGAACAAAACCCGUGUCCUCAAGAUGACCUGCAGCUGCCUAAGCAGGGUGAUUGUUUUCCUCAUCCUUUUCAAGCUCUACCACCAAAGCCCCAUCCAUCUAAACCAAAGUACAUGCAUUCCAAGAUUUCAUGGACAGAUGCUUCUCCAAAUCCUCUCAACUUCUCGUUCACAAGGGUUGCAUCCACCAAAGAAGUUGGGAAAAGAUCAGUUUCACCACUUAAAUUUGCUCUCAAGCGCUCUGGAUCUGUCAAUAGAUCAGUUUCUCCUCUUAUGCGCUUUGGAUCCGUUAUCAGUAGAUCAAUUUCUCCCAGCACUUCCAAUAAAAAAGUGAGGUGUCCAUCUGAGCCACGGCGGGCAGUUUCAUUGUCAAUAAAUCCAGAAAGAAAUGGUGCAAAGGAUAUUCAAGACUACAGCAGAAAGAGUAAAAAUGUACUUACAGCAUUCCUCAGCCUUCAUGGUCAUGGAUCAAGAAAGGGAAAUAUACCUUCAAGAUACCGCGACGACAGAUGAUGAAAUCAGAAAAUAGAGAUAUCUUCAAGCAAUUUGGAAUUUUGGAUGCAUAAAGGUUGUGUUACCCUUCUUCUACAGCUAAAAGGCAAUGUUUUGAUAAAUAGAUGGUUAAGUAUGAAUAAGCAUGGGAAAUGAGAAUGGAAUCAUGAAAAUAGGAACUGGCUUACUUCAUGGGCAAAGAAAUGAAAAUCCCAAUAAAAGAAAGUUCAAAAACUGUGUAAAAUGUAAACUACUAUGCCAUUUGCAGGGUAAUGCCAACAUCUCCUUUCAGAAAUGAGAUUAAAUAAUUUGAAUAAAGAGGAAGAAAGACAAAAGGACUGAAUGUACAAUGGUGCUUAAUCAAAGAAUAAUCGAAUUAAGUAAGAGCGAUGUAAUUGAGAGUUCAUUGCCUUCGUCUUGUAACCAUACAAAUUGGAACUUCUCUUGUACGUGUAAUUUGUAAGUUCAUACACGUUAUUAUGUCUCCAAUAUUAUUGUCUAGCAAAUACAUCAAUUUUCCGUUUAA